GCCAAACGCCCUUUGGCACCCGCGGACGCCGGGCGUCGCGGCGCCUAGUAUAAAUGCCCGCGGGCGACGGCAGCGCUGUAUCACCUCCGCUCUCUGCUACAGCUGACCGGUCGCUCACCCGACUCCCUUGGCUGACACGGCCCUUCGACUCUCGCAAACAAGGAGUAAUGCAAGUGCUGGAGGACCGCUACCAGAAGUACAAGCCACUCUACCGUGCCUGGAUCGGCCCCAUUGCGGAAAUCCACUUGACGCUUCCGGAGCACGUGGAGGUUAUCAUGAGCACACCCAAAUUUUUGCAGAAAUCUCACUCCUAUAAAUUUCUUCAACCGUGGCUGGGAGAAGGUCUGCUAACAAGCACAGAGACAGCCAUGGGGACACAGAUCGGUGCGCAGGACCAGAAGCAGUCGGAGUACGUGAAGGCCAUUUACGAAGAAGAAGAAGAAGAAGAAGAAGAAGAAGAAGAAGAAGAAGAAGAAGUUGUAAUAGCGCCUUGAAAAUAAAAUUCUCAAUCACCACUCCCUGACUUCCCAAUCCUUCAUCUCCCACCUGUCUGGACGAGCUCUAAGCUCCAGCCAUGUGUGGUAGUGUGAUACAUGUAAGUGCAACGUGUGCCGUGGUGUGCGCAGGUGAUCCAGGAGCGGCGCGAGGCGCUGCGGGACGCGGGUUCGAACGCCCCCGGCGCAGACGGCGCGGCCGACGACCAGGACGACUUCCUGGGGAAGAAGAAGCGGUUGGCUUUUCUGGACUUGUUGCUGGAAGCUUCUGAGAACGGCACGAAACUGAGCGACCAAGACAUCCGUGAGGAAGUCGACACCUUCAUGUUCGAGGGCCACGACACUACCACCGCAGGUAUCUGCUGGUCGCUGCUGCUUUUGGGAGAACACCAGGAUGUGCAGACCAAGGUGGCGGAGGAGCUGGACGCCAUCUUCGACGGGUCGGAGCGGGCCGCGACAAUGCGCGACGUGCAGGAGAUGAAGUACCUGGAGCGCGUGGUGAAGGAGGCGCUGCGCCUCUACCCGAGCGUGCCGUUCGUGGGGCGCGCGCUGCCCGAGGACGCGCACGUGGCCGGCCACGUGCUGCCGGCCGGCGCAGUCGUCAACCUGCACAUCUUCCACGUGCACCGCGACGCGCGCAACUGGCCCGACCCCGAACGCUUCGACCCGGACCGCUUCCUGCCCGAGAACGCCCGCGGGAGGCAUCCGUACGCCUACAUCCCGUUCAGCGCCGGCCCGCGCAACUGCGUCGGUCAGAAGUUCGCGCUGCUGGAGGAAAAGACGCUGCUGUCUGCCGUGCUGCGCAAGUUCCACGUGCACACCACCGAGAAGCGCGACGCGCUCACGCUCAUGAACGAGCUCAUCCUGCGCCCCGAGUCGGGCAUCCAGCUGCAGCUCACGCCCAGACACUGACCGCCUCUCCGUCACGUGGGCGUUGCCAACUGCUUUUUUUUAACGAUCGUGUGAAAACGAGUGCUACACGCGUGUGAAAACAAUCUUUUCUUAAGGCAACUGAAAAAGGGACGUCGCGGUGUAAAAAAAGACACUAGGACAUCUCAAAAAGGGGCGUCACGCUGUAAAAAAAGACAUUUUCUGCAACUGUAUAAAAAGAGGCGGAUUCUGUGCAUUACUAUCCGUACGUGAAGUACGUCGUAUUUUAAUAUCCAUUAAAAAGACCCAAAAUAGUUGUCAUGACAAAAAAAACGUAAUUUGUGCGUGGAAAUUUAAGGAAGGAAACAGGCGUACUCGUCGGUAAAGCUUCCUCAUUUUGGCUCUAUACAAUAUAUUACUAACCCUGGAGAAAUCUAUCACCUUACUCCAGUACAAAAUUAUAAACUUUUUUCAAAAAUAUUUUUUACGCAGUUGUAGAAAAAACGUUCACAUUUUGUGAUCGAAGUGAGUGUUUUUUCAUGGCGUCAAUUUAUUUUUUAUCCUAGACCUACGGUCUCGACAAAAAAUUUGACAUCAACCAUGAGAAAAAAACACCCACUUUGCACACUUAAUAUCAAAACAACUAUUUCAUACUAAGAUGACGAACGAAAACGGUAUUAAAAUGAAAAAGAUGGUGCUUUGUGAAGAUUUCCAUGAACAAAUAAUCAUAGAUGAAACAAGCAAUGAUUCGCAAUAGAACUUUUUUGUCACAAUCGUAGAAAAAAUGUGCAUAUUUCAUUAAUGAAAUGUUUGCUCUUUGCACGAUCUCCACCUAUUGGUCUUGUCAAAAAAACUCAAUUUUGGUGGUGCAAGAAACAAUCAUUUCACGCAUUUACUAUAAAAAUUACUAUUUCAAUACUGUACCAUCACACAUUCAUCAUCAACACCCAUGUUCCUGACUAUGUUCGAAAACAUUCAAAUACUAAUAUCGUUAUGUGUAUAAUGUAUAUAAAACGCAUUUUUUACUGUUUUUAAAAAUAAAUGUAAUUAAAAUAUA